AUGCUGUGGCAUCGAAAUGUUCCACGGUCUCUGUCAUUGAUUUCUCGGCCCCGAGUCGCCCUGUCAAGACCACAGAGACCACACCCGACUGUUCCAUAUCAUUCGGGACGCCAAUUCUCCCAGGGACCUCUCCUGGGAGCCCCGGAUCCCCUCGAUCAAAAUGCGAGAGACGAGGAUAAGAGCCGAGCCGACGACUCGGAACCGACUUUAAGGUCCACCAUCCUGAAAAUGCUGGAGACGGCAGCGACGACGUUUGCUUCCAUUGCUAUCCUAGGCUUGGCUGGGUACUCCUAUCAUCGGUAUUACAAAUACGUGAUACUGCAGAAAAUGGAAAAUGCCUUCAAACCGGGGGAUCCGGCACUCGAAGUCGCAGGAGUGGAGGCCGGGAAGCGUCAACACUAUUCAGAAGAGCACUGGGUGAUUCGCGAUGAGCAGCCUCGGAUUGACCAAAUCAUUGCGGGCGGUGCAGGCGGCCGUUACUUCCUCAUCAUCGGCGAGAAAGGAACCGGGAAAACAUCCAUGCUCCUGGAAGCGAUGCGCAAGAUCGAUGGCGAGGGUUGUGCCAUGUUUGAGGCGCAUGGUGACCUGGAAAUUUUUCGAAUCCGAUUAGGAAAAGCUUUAGAUUUCGAGUUCCACGAAGACUACGUUGGCAGCUUGUUCAGCAUCAAGGGCCCCCGUGACACCACCGCCCUCUUAGAUAUCGAGCGUGCUUUCAACAAGCUGGAGAAGGUCGCUCUAACGAGAAGACGGAAAGGCUUACAGCCCUUGAUAUUGAUUAUCAACAGUACCCACUUGGUCCGGGAUGACCACGACGGUCAGGAUCUUCUGGAAAUGAUCCAGCAGCGGGCUGAACAAUGGGCCGCCAGCAACUUGGUGACCACGGUGUUGAAUAGCGAUGACUACUGGGUUUAUGAACGCUUGAAGCGAUAUGCAACGAGAAUGGAAGUGAUUCCAGUUUCGGACUUGCCCAAAGAACGAGCGAUUGCCGCUCUGAAGAGAUAUCGGAAGCGAUACUUCGGCGAGGAAAUGUCUAACGAGGCACUCGAGGAAGUAUACGAUAAAGUUGGUGGACGGCUGUCCUACUUGAACCGAGUUGCAAAGGCUAAAGACUACCUGAAACUUUGCGAUUCCAUAUUGCAAGCGGAGAAGAAAUGGUUCUUGAACAAGUGCUGGAUCCUUGGACGGGAGAUGGACGACGAUGUCAUGGAUGAGCAAAAGUACUCUUCCGCCGCGAUGGUCCUCGCCAAAGCACUCGUCGACAAGGAGAAGGAAAUGGAGAAGACCUACGACCCGCACAUUGGCCAUAUUCUACCGGAGAUACCUCUGCACGAAGCACGAGAGAUCAUGACGCGAGCCGAUUUUAUUCAGAGCUACGACCAUGAGAACAUCUUCACCAUCGACUCUCGGGCCAUGGUCCGUGCGGAUUCGGUUCCCAUGCAGCACGCAUUCCGCGAGAUCUGUUCCGAACCUGGAUUCGACAAGCACCUCGAGGGCACACUUGAACGAAUCGGAGACAUCGAGAGCCUGGGACGCACACGGGAGCUGACCAUCAAAGAUCUAUGGAACCAGGGCAAAUACCAGCUGGUCAUGCGGGAUUACAAGGGGCGGAACAAUGGCACAGCAGAGUUUUCUGUUGUGGAGCGGCCAGAAGACGAGGACGACUGA